UUUAUCGAGCGGUGAUUAAGAGAUGAAAGAGAUCGUAGCCGUCCGUUUUGCGAAUCAUGGAUCAGAGAUCAGGGAUCUACAAGAGCGACUUUCAUUUUCGUGUGUCCCGCUUUGCGAAAAAAAAAACGCGGGAAAUCGAGAGUGAGAGAGAUCGAGAGGGAGAAAGAGAGAUCGAUCAUCGAUGGCUUCUGGAUCGGAGCCAUGGAGCUCGGAAUUGGGGGAAGAGAAUGGCUCGAUCGCGGAGACAACGGACGUGGAGCUACUGAAGAGGGCGUGGAGGAACGAGAAGGCGGCGCCGGAGAUCCUCCAGUUCCAGACUGCCCUUGUUCUGCGAGCUCGCGAGCAGAUCCAGUUGCUGGAAGGCACAGUGGAAGAGUUUGUGGAGAAUGGUGUUGAUGAUCUAGUUGUGUCUCUCUACCAGAUGGAUUUGGAUCGCUCUCAAUUUCUUCUCAGAUCAUACCUUCGUCUUCGCUUGCAAAAGAUAGAGAAGUACAUGAUCCAUAUCUCAAAGACCAACCUUUGGAACAGGCUAUCAGAUGAAGAACAAAGGUUUGCUAAAAGGUGCACUGAUAUCAUGGAAAAACAUCUUGAACAGUCAGUACUAUCACGAUUGCCAUAUGGCUAUCAAUCCAUUCUCAAGCAAUCCAUUUCAAGUGAAGAAGAUGAUAUGGUUCCAGAGCCCCAGUUAGAUACCUUUGUCUUCUGCAAAACUAAGAAUGCUGUUGGAGCAUUCCAACUAGACGAUACUGGGGAUGAGAUGGUCGACUUGGUCGCGGAUGAUCUCUAUGUCCUACGAUACAAAUCCAUAAAGGGUCUAGUUGAGAAUGGGCAAAUCGACCUUGUUUGAUUCAAAGAAAGAUAGCUAUUUGGUGAAGCCUUUCCAAAUAUAUCUUAUAAAUGCCAUGCAGUUUAAUGUAAUCAUUGUAAAAGCUUUUUUUCAAUCAGUACACUUCACUUCACUUGCUCUGAUGUUGUAUGUCUAAUGAAAUUUUCACAUGUUUGUGUUGUCUUUGAAAGUUUGUAAUAUUGAUCAAGGUCAUCUUUUUGCUUGUUUCAA